AUUACCUGUAAUAUACUUCCCUGUGAUAAUUCUUCUUACAAGUAAAACAAAUAAGUAACUGAUAAGUUUAUUUUUAGAAAGGUGGUUUCCAUAUAUAAAAUUGAAUGACAUGCGCCGUUUCUCGAAAGGGGAUUUCCGAGGAAACCACCUGAUUUUCUGAGAAUGAUAGGUCUCCUUUAUUUGGUGAACUCUAAGUUCGAUUAUUCUUAGUAGUCUCGAUGGUGUAUUUAAAAGGCGGAGUUUUUAGUUUGUGUUUCAAAUGUCUCUACGAACCCAAAAGAGAAGACAUCAAAUUAUAAACAAAGUUUAGUUACGUUAUCAGUCGGUGAAUUAGGGCAAGGAGGUAUAUAUAAAUGUGUCCAAAAGAUCAAAUCAUCGUGUUCUUAUGUAUGGCAGAGUCAGACUUCAAAAAUUUAAGUCCACAUUACAAAAAGGAUUUGAUAGCAUACAAAGACGCAAGGAUUGAUAGACAAAUUAAGUUACAAUCUGGUGGGACGUACACGUGUCGGACUUGUCCAAAAAAUAUAGAAGAGAGAACUUCAGAUUAUUUAUGUGCCAAAGACUUUAAUGUUCAAAGUAGGAAUAUGGAAUUACUUAUGCAAUCAAACUGGUAUUUUAAUGGAAUGUCGAGUCAACAAGCAAAGUUAACAUUAGGAAAAUCUGAUGUAGGAACAUUUUUAGUGAGGGAUAGUUCAGAUCCCAACUUCUUAUUUUCGGUGAGUGUAAAAACUCCUAGGGGACCAACAAGUGUACGGGUAUCAUAUUCAAAAGGAUUUUUUCAACUAGAUUGUGAUGUGAAUAUUAAAUCAAGUGUGCCAAAAUUUGAUUCCAUUGUUAGUUUAGUGGACUAUUACGUAAGAUUAGGAUUAAAUGAACGUAACAAAUGUAGAUGGUUAGAAAGUUCAGGACGCAAGGACUUGCCAAUAGUACUUAAAAAUCCAAAGGUAAAUGCAGUGACCGAUUUAAAACAUAUGUGUAGAUUAACAAUAAAUCGUACUUUACCCGUGUCCCAGAAAAAAGAGGAUAUAGCAGCGAAUAUAGAUAAAAUUAACUUACCACGGCCUUUGUCGGAGUACUUGAAAUACUAUCCACAUCUACAUUGAUGACAAUUCAAACUAGGAUAAUUAUUUUUACGAAAUCCAAAGAGAAAGCUCUUUUAAGCAGCAGUAUUCUACCUCAAAAGACUAACGGUGCAAAACUUCGCAGGUAUAACUUAUACAUGUUGUGUGUAAACAUAUGACGAGCCCACUAGUCGAGACAGUAUUUGCAAUAAUUUGUCUUGGGGAGAAUAAAAGACAUACGAGUUUGUGUUGAACGAUUAUGAAAUAUUUACGACCAGAGUUUUAGCAAACAUAUGUUUAAAAAUUGUUUGAAAACAUAUCGAACACUGCCAGUUUCGAAAGCAAUAGUUAAUAUUUAUGAAUGCAUGUGAAUUUGUUAAAGUUAAAAUUUUAUUUUGUGAAAUUGAUAAAUAUUUUUUUCGCAUUCACAUAUAUAUUUUCGUAACGAAACAUGCAGGUAAUAUUUAUUAAUAACAUUUUAACAGUUUUUCGAAAUUUUUCGAUCGAAGGUGACAGAACGUGAAAAGAUAGUAAUAGUAUUCAUUGUAUGUUUUUUUUUUUUUUAUUUAUUGUUAAUUGUUACAAGAUAAAAUAUUGAGUUUAAUUUUGUAUGUGUCAAGUUUAUAUACCGUAACAGAAACCCAAUAGCCAAUCGGUUGGGACUUCCUUCAUCGGUGUUUGUAUAGGUGAUAUAAAGAAAAACAUGCACCGAUUUGUACACAUUUUGUGAUAAUAGUUUUUAACCUUAUUGCCCUUAAGGAUUGAACUUCAACAAGUGACAAAUUCACAUGUGCAGUGAGUCAAUCAGUAAUAAAUAUUUGAUAUCGUACUCGAAUGUCUCCAAAAAAGGAAGGUCCAAUUUAAAAAAAAACUUAAUUGUUAUAUCUAUUGAAUAACAGGGUAUAAUUUGUGGGAUAGUCCAUUUGUUAUGUUUCUUGCUUUAUUAGAUAUUUUGAAAAUUUAGUCAUCGAAGUUAGGUGUGGAUCGACCUUUGAUCAAUAUUUUUGUAGACCGAUAGAGUUAUCUAUUUUUUUCCACUAAAUAUUUAAUGAUAUAUGCUUUUUUUUUUAAAUCAAUAUAAGAGUCCGGGUCUCCAUUUAUGUAAUUUUUUUUAAAUCGCCGUGGGAUUUUAAUUUUGAUUGUAAUAAUGAUAUUUCAAUUAAAAUUUGGUUUAAAAUUGACAGAUAUGUAUUUUUACUAAAUAAACACAUAGAGAAAUCAAAUAAAAUAGGGAAAUAUUUUUUUUUGGAAAAACCAUGAUGCUAGAAAAAUUUGUUUCAGGAAGGAACCUAAUCAUUGAUUCGACAAAUAACGUUCUAUCAAAAUACCAAGGCAACUGUUGUGAAUUAUUUUGAUAUAAUUUUUAUAAUCGGUUUGUAAAAAAAAAAAGAAUAGCAGCAUUUAAGGUAAAACUUGUUUGAGGUCCAUGCCAUUAAUCUACCACAGUAGAGACUGUAGAAAGGGAACUACUAAUAUCAAGUUGUAAUUUUGACCUGUGAAUUCAGCCCCAGUUUUCAAAUAUAAUAUUCAGUUAACUCGAGUAGGAAUAAAUUAAAAAUAUACCUCAUGGUUUUAUCAUAAUUUCUCAUUAAACAUGGAAAUCAGUAAAGCAAAGACAAAAAAAAAUUGCGUGUGAUAGUUUUUUAUUAUUAUUAAAUAUUCUAUAUUGUAUGCUUCAAAA